AUUUAUGCUACAAAAUCUGAAGAAUCAAUAUUAGAGGAUCACUUACUUCAUAUAACUAUAUCUAAUGGUAUGGCUUUCAGGUGGAUUGAAAGUGAAGAAGUAAAGUCCCUUUUCAAAUGGUUGAAUCCAAAUAGGAAGGCUCUUUCUGGAAGAAUUUUGAAUGAUGCAUCUUUUAAACAUAAUCAUUGGAUAGCAAGCAUCCAAUUUGUUUCCAAAUUACCUAAUAUGUAUAAUAAUUUGGACUGUCAAAUAUACCAAUGUGACUUUAUUACACCAUGUCCAAUUCCAAAUACUAAUUGGACAUUUUGA